AUGACGUCGUCGCCGUCGCUACUCCGCCAGUCAUGCAGCCUUGUUGCUGGCGUGCUGCUCAUGCUCGGGGUGGGCUCGACCUACGCACUGUCGGCGUGGAAUGCGCAGCUGAAGACGCUGCUACACUUCACACAAGCGGGGAUCUCCACGGUCUCCGCUAUGACCAUGCUGGGCACAUACAUGUCGUACAUUCCGGGCGUCAUCUUCGACCGGUUGGGGCCGUACACGAGCGUUCUUCUCAGUGGGAGCGCCAUGCUGGUCGUCCAUCUCGCAUUGUUCACGGCACUACAAUUCGCCCCGGAGAGCGUGAGUCCACUGGGUAUCGGCUGUGCUAUGAUGCUGUUCGGACUGCUCAGUUCCUUCUGCGUCUUCUCGUCCAUCGUACCCAACGAGUCUCUAUUCGGAGAUGCCAACCGUGGUAAGGUCAUGGCAACUCUCACGUCAGCGUACAGCUGUGGUGGCGCCUUCUUCGCCUUCGUCUUCCAUGAAGGUUUCCACAGUAGCGACGUACCGGGCUACUUCCUCUUUGUGGGGAAUUAUCUACUAGCUGCUUGUGUAUUUGGCUGGUGCGUAUUUGCGCGUCCAAGUGGUGAAGAACGUAACAACAAGAAAAUCGGAUCAGGAAGCAUUGAAGUUGGUUUUGAAGGCACUGGCAUGGAAUCGAGUGGAGAGAACGGCUCCUUAGAUAUCGAGAAACCCGACGACAUCACAGGCGUGGCGUUGCUAACGGAUAUGCGGUUUUGGAUGCUCUUCACCCCAGUGAUGAUCGUCAUUGGCGCCGGUUUGCUGGUCAUGUCCAACGUGUCGUUUAUCGUGGAAUCGCUGGGCGGUCCAUUACAACAGGUCCCAUUAAUGGUGGCGCUGUUCUCCAUCGUGAAUACCAUCGGCCGUCUUGUAACAGGAGCGCUCUCGGAUCUUCUACUGAUGAAAUACCCGCGAGCGUACUUUGCUGCACUCUCGGCUGUGCUCACCGUCGUCACGCAGGUAGUUUUCUUGUCUGUGCCACCGAGUUGGCUCGUGCUGCCUGUGGCUAUGGCCGGAUUCGCGGAGGGCGUCAUGUUCGGCACGUUCCCAGUGAUCAUCCGCGAGGAGUUCGGUUUACAACACUUUGGCAAGAAUUUUGGUCUCGUGAGUAUCGCCAACUGCAUCGGAUACCCACUUUUUUUCAGUCCAUUGGCGUCAUAUGUAUACCAGCACUCGGCGGCGACACGCACUGUUAAUGGAGUUGAAAAGUGUUUUGGCGCGCAGUGCUUUGCACCCGUAUUCUUUGUGGCCAUCGCGUUGUCGGUGGUGGCGUUUGCAUGCUGCGCUCAGCUCGCACGACUGCAGCGAAGCCGCAAGUUCUACAGCUAUGAGCAGAUUCGACCGUAG